UUUUUGUCGCUACACGUUACAUUAAAAAAAACAUUUAAAAAUAUAAGAUGCAGCUCACGCGAUUAUGCACGCCUAGAAAGAUCUCUCCACUUGAUGAUCUCUUCUCUUCCUUGUCCGAAAAAGAUAUCCACAACCAAACUCCGAUUGUUUCCCAGUUUUCUAUCGAGACAUAGAUGGCAUCCUUUAAGAUGAUGUCUUCUUCCACAUCCAGAAACUCCGAUCUCUCUCGCCGCAACUCCUCCUCCGCCUCGUCUUCUCCCACCGUAAGAUCCAACCAUCUCAGACGAGAUCCUCACGCCGAUCACUCCAAGAUCACUUUCGCUUACGGAGGAGGGAACGACGCGACGCUUCACGAUUACAACUUCGCGUCUGAUUCGUUGGAUGUUGAUCGGAGCAACGGAGACAGGAACAGCGUCAACGGAGGAGGGAGGAAGAGUGUGGACGACGUCUGGAAAGAGAUUGUGUCAGGAGAGAAGAAGACGGUCUUGAAGGAGGAGGCGCAAGAUGAGUACAUGAUGACGCUUGAGGACUUCUUAGCGCAAGCAGCGGAGAUGAACGGUAAUGAUGAUGAAAUCGAUGUGAAGAUUCCGAUGAAUACAUUCGAUUAUCCGAAGAUGCCUCAGCAGCAGCACAAUCAGGUUGAGAUGGUUGAAGGAUCGACGAGGAGAAAGAGAGGGAGAGUGAUGGUGGAGGCGAUGGACAAAGCAGCGGCGCAGAGGCAGAAGAGGAUGAUCAAGAACCGUGAGUCUGCCGCGAGGUCGAGAGAGAGGAAGCAGGCGUAUCAAGUGGAGCUGGAGACUCUGGCUGCGAAGCUAGAGCGAGAGAACGAGCAGCUUUUGAAGGAGAUUGAAGAGAAGACCAGAGAGAGAUACAAGAAUCUUAUGGAGCAGUUGAUUCCUGUUGAUGAUGAGAAACGAAAACCAUCGUCGUCGGCGUCGAGGUCGUUAAGCAGGAGCCACUCUUGGGAAUGGUAAAAAGAGUUAUUUAAUUAAAGUCUUUUGGUAAGUGGUGAAAUAAUGAUUUGAUGUAGUAUGGCUUUUGUAUAUGUAAAUAAAACAUAUGGACUUGAUUACUAUAUAAAUAAUAUGUAAUCGAUAUAUAUAGUAACGUGAUGGUUGUAUGGUUAGUGAUAUCUAUAGUUCUUACCUUUAA